ACGUCAGUCUGGAAGAAGAAGAGGAUGGGCAGAAGGGCGGUGCUAGAUAGGUAAAGGUGAGCUUGUGUGGCGCCUACUAUUCGGGAAAGCGUUCCGGCUUUUUGUUGACUCCUUUGUUGCACCAUUUUGAGCCGAUUGUAAUAAUCAAAAUGGUGAAGGCAGAAAAGGAAAUAGCCAACCGGCCUGACAACACAGCCUUCACUCAGCAGAGGCUUCCUGCAUGGCAGCCCAUGCUCUCUGCUGGCAUUGUCAUCCCAGGUUUUGUCCUCAUCGGCCUGGCAUUCAUUGGCAUUGGCGUUGCUCUCUUUGUCACUUCACGGAGCAUCGAGGUGUUGGAGAUCGACUACACUGGUGAGGACAAAAAUUCCCCAUGCUUCAAGUGCUCAGACCAAGAUGUCAAGAACUGUGUGUGCAACCUGGAAUUCUCCCUUGACAGUCUCUUUGAGGGACCCGUGUUCUUUUAUUAUGGUUUGUCAAACUACUUCCAGAAUUACAGGAAGUAUGCUGCGUCCAGAGAUGAUGACCAGCUGUCUGGGGACUUGGAUGCUUUUACCAGUCCCAGUGACAGCUGUUCACCCUUUGAUUUGAAUGGCAACGAUAAGCCAAUUGUACCCUGUGGAGCAAUAGCAAACAGCAUGUUCAAUGACACUUUCGUGCUGUAUAGGGUUGUCAAUGGUGUAAAGAAGCUGGUGCCCUUGGAUGGAAAAGGGAUUGCUUGGUGGACAGACUACAAUGUCAAGUACCGAAACCCCACUGUGACACCUCUGAAGAAUGCUUUCAACGGUACUGUCAAACCCAUAUCUUGGCCCAAGCCCGCUUACCAGUUGGACACCUCAGACCCUGCUAACAACGGCUUCAUCAAUCAAGAUUUCCUGGUGUGGAUGAGGAGAGCUGCCCUGCCAGAUUUCAGAAAGCUGUAUCGACGAAUCACCGAGGGGGAAUAUGAAAAGGGUCUGCCAGCUGGAAACUACAGUCUUAAAAUCGCCUACAACUAUCCAGUUCUGAGCUUCCAUGGGACAAAGAAGGUGGUGUUCAGCAACGUGUCCUGGAUGGGUGGAAAGAAUGAGUUCCUCGGCAUUGCCUACCUUGUAGUUGGUUCAUUGUGCGUCUUGAUGUCCAUAGUCAUGCUCAUUGUCUAUGCUAAAUUCAAGUUUCCUGAGGAUGACUGAGUGCCUGGAGGCUGCAAUGAUUUAUCUACCUGAUCAACAUUUUUCCCUUUUUACUCAAUGGUUUUAGGAAAGCGCAGUGCUCACUAAAAAGUUGGAGCAUAAAGUUGUGCUGCACAUUAAGAUGUAUCUUUAGGAGAAGAACUCUUGUGUAAUUUUGAGGCAAGCCUUGACACUGGAAUUUCCCUAUGACUGCAAAAAUAUAAUGAAUUCCGAUAUGGUUAAAUCUUAAAUAUUAAGCUAAAAACAAUGCAAAGUCAGCUACCCUUCAUUAAAGGUUAACGAGCUGAAAGGGGUCGGUUCUUCGUUGUUACUUAAUGAGCUGCCUCCUCAUUUUAGGUCAGUAACAAUAUAUUAAAGCCAUAAACUGUUUGAUAAGCCAUAUGAUACAGACAAGAAUGUAUACUGGAAUAUGUGAAAGAUGGGAUGUUUAGCUUAGAAAUAAUGCUGUUAAUUGUGGGAAUAUUAACUCAGGUAUCUGGUGCACAGACUAUGCAAGCUCAUGUUUUAACUCUUGUGAUUUCUUAGAUUUUACUUCAUGUUGAUAUUUAUUUAAUAAAAUGUCUUUAAAACAA